CUGUGGAAGCACUUCGACCAGGAAAUCUCAGAUUGUUGAUAGGGCGACAGUUUAGCUGGUGACCGUCGGGGAGCGGAGAAGUUGUUUUUAGUAUUAAAAGGUUUUAGUUUUCAUUUGUGCGCCAUGGCAUCUCUAUUCAAGAAGAAGACAGUCGAUGACAUUAUAAAGGAACAGACUAAGGAGCUUCGUGGUACUCAGAGACAGAUCACUAGAGACAGAGCUGCUCUGGAGAAACAAGAGAAACAAAUGGAGAUGGAGAUAAAGAAGAUGGCUAAGUCUGGGAACCGGGAGGCCUGCAAGAUCCUGGCCAAGCAGCUGGUCCAGCUGAGGAAGCAGAAGAACAGGACCUACGCUGUCAGUUCAAAGGUCACCUCCAUGUCUACACAGACCAAGGUCAUGAACUCCCAGAUGAAGAUGGCAGGAGCCAUGUCUGCUACGGCUAAGACAAUGCAGGCGGUGAACAAGAAGAUGGAUCCUCAGAAGACCCUUCAGACCAUGCAGGACUUCCAGAAGGAGAACAUGAAGAUGGGCAUGACAGAGGACAUGAUCAACGAUACAUUAGAUGAGAUAUUUGACGAAUCAGGUGACGAGGAAGAAUCUCAGGACAUUGUGAACCAGGUUCUGGAUGAGAUUGGCAUUGAGAUCUCUGGAAAGAUGGUGAGAGCCCCAGCAGCAGGGAACAAUCUCCCCUCUGCCUCUCCUAAACGGAAAACACAGAUCUCUGACGAUGAGAUAGAGAGACAGCUCAGAGCACUGGGAGUGGACUAACACAGACACACACACACACACCUUGGGCUAGGUCUGUGUACUUGCAGGCUGGUGGUCCAUGUGUCGGAGACUGGGAGACUGUGGCUGGUUAUGAAUAUGUAGUGACUACAUUAUGGAAUAAUAGAAUGUCUUAUUAUGACCCAAACUACAAUCUGCUGAAGGAUGGGAUAUUUAUGUACAUACAGACAGUUGACUCCAGUGACUUCAAUGUAUACAUGAUAUUUUGGAAGGACCAAUCCUGUGGGAGGAUGAAGUAAUGAUGUUUUUUGUGCUCUCACAUCUUUAGGUACGGUACUAUAGAUGCUGGUGAUGUCAUAGACUACUGACGAUGUGUCUGUAGUACCACUUACAUUAACUCUAGGAACUACUGACAAUGCUUGACUUUUUUCACUAAUAAACAUUUUGCAUGAGAA